AUUAUAGAUAGACAUAGGAGCAUAGAAUAGAAGAAUGAAUCAGAUUGACAUUGACUGAUGUGAUAGAAGAUAGAUUAACUGUAAAUUAAUAAAAUAGCAACCUCUCCAACUUUUCCAUCCUUCCUCCAUCUUUUCCAUUCUUUCUGCCUCACGUGUAAUUGAACAUGGAACAUCGGAAUGUGAUUAUUAUAGCAUUGACUAUCCUAUGCACUUGGGCGGGCCCCGGGACCUGUCAAUCAUUUACGUCAGGAUUAUCUGUUGCUGCUGUAGAAGAAUGGGACCAUUUUAUCUUCUCCAUGCACUGGCCUCAAUCAAUUUGUGUAGAAAGAAAUGAAACUGGAAUCUUCAACUGCUCCAUACCACGUGAAACAACUAGCUGGAUUAUUCACGGUCUUUGGCCGACGAACAACACAUCUGAGAAGCCAGUCUGCUGUAAGGGAGCAGCAUUCAACCGCAGUCUUCUGGAUCCAAUAAAAGAUCAGCUGGAUGUUCAUUGGCCGAAUCUCUUCAUUGGCCAGACCGCUGGCGAAUUCUGGAAACACGAAUGGAAAAAGCACGGCACCUGUGCAGCUUCUAUGGAGAGCCUCAACACGCAGCUGAAGUACUUCAACGUCACUCUAUCCAUUCUGGAGAAGUUCAACAUCGCCUCGGGUCUUGCCCAGUUUAAUAUAGUACCGUCUGAUAAUACGUUCUACACGGUUAGUGACUUCCAGCGAGCUUUCAACUCUCUCUACAACGUCAGCCCCAAAAUGCUCUGCUUUCCGUCCAGCAGAAAAUCCAAGAAUGACCCCAAGAGAUCGGCCUACCAAUAUAUCAGCGAGAUUGAAUUCUGCAUGGACAAACAGUUCAGUAACAUUGAGUGCCCACGUAAAAUACACCCUAACUCACGCCCUCGGCCCUUUUGUCUCCAUCCUCU